GGAGCUGUUUUCCGAUACUGCUUGCAUUUCAGAAGCAACGAUGUUAGUACACCGUAUAGGAUUAAAGGAAACGAAAACAUGCUAUGGCAUCUUACCGUCAUUUAUAUACGUAUAAUAUGGAAUACUUUUAAUACAGCGAUUGUACGGAUGUAAAAGGCAAACAAAUGUGAUAGUUAAAUGAGUCAUUAAAGAAAGACUUACAAUCAGCUGUGUGCCUGUCUAAACAGACAUCCUGACAUAAGAAUCUCGAAAGACUUUAGCUAAUCUUUUAGACGUUAUUCAAGCUUUUGAAAACACAGGAUGAAACUCCAAUUAUGCUUGCCAAAACAUGUUCAAAAGAAAAGAUGUCAUUCGGACAUUAUAUCUGUUGGCAGUAAUUCUAGUUAUAAUGGUAACACUAUCACAGAUUUUGGUAGUUCAUCGCCGGAAUCACAACAGCAACAGAUAUCGAGAUACACACAAAGCCCAUGAAAUGUUGGCGAUGCUGCAACAUUUAGAAAAGGGUAUUGAGACAAUGAUGAAGAAAGAAUACUUGCCAACAAGAACGCACAAGGAGCAAUUACUGGCGUUAAUUUAUGUUGAGAGAAUAAAACAGUACAUUUUAAAGCUUAACAUUGUUGACCAAAUAUCCAAAGAACAAAGGCAUAGAAGAUUUGGUGAUAAUACUUAUACUGCAUUCCAUGAAAGAAAACUAAGAUUUUUAGAAGUAACAGAAAACGAAUUGACGCCAACAUCAAGUAUUGAAAAUGAAGUGAAUAAAAAGGAAGUGUUUAUGCAUGAAAUAAAUUACAAAACAAAUGAAAAUAUAGAAACUAGUAUCAAAUUAAAUGAUGAUGCUGGUACUGUGCUGAAUUCAAAAUACUCUGUAAAUAUAAAGGAAAAUAAAAGUAUCAAUAAUGAAAAGCUGAUGCAGAACUUUAAACCUGUUCAAAAGAGGAUGAUACUGAAUAAAUAUGUAUAUGAUCAAAAUUAUAGCAUUAGCCACGCUCACAAUCAAACAAAUACAGGAACCAGUAAAUAUCAUACACAAACUAUGGGUGUAUUAAAAGACAACCCCGCUGAAAAGUGUCCUGAUAUUCCAAGUAACUUGGAAGGAAAAACUGUUAUUUCGUCAAGGGUCCCAGACCAUCUUUCAGAUGAAUUGAGAUUUUCUGACAUUCAACUGGGCGGGUUUUGGAAACCCAUCACAUGCGUUGCGAGACAACGGACAGCAAUUAUUAUUCCCUACCGGAACAGAGAGACACACCUGCACACGUUACUACAUUACCUGAUUCCAGUAUUGAAGAGACAGCUUCUCGAAUUUAGGAUAUUUGUUUUUGAACAGUUUGGAAAUAUGACCUUCAAUAAAGGUCGAGUGAUGAACGCCGGAUUUAUGGAGGCCUGGAAGCUUUGGACAUUCGACUGUGUUAUAUUUCACGAUGUGGAUUUACUGCCGGAAAAUGAUAAAAAUAUGUACACGUGUGGUCAGUUUCCACGUCAUAUGUCAAUUUCUGUCGACAAAUUUAGUUAUAGACUGCCUUACUGGACGUUAGUAGGUGGUGUUUUUAGCAUAAAACGUGAGCAGUUUCUAAGAGUUAACGGAUACUCUAAUUUGUAUUGGGGAUGGGGAGCCGAAGAUGACGACAUGGCUCAAAGACUGAAGUCCUCACACUUGAAGAUUGAAAGACCACCGGCUAAUAUAGGGAGAUACAAAAUGAUCAAACAUGAGAACAGAGAGACCUCUCCCAUGAAAAUAAGGGCAUAUUUAUUGAAAACUGUAAAAAAUCGAUACCGGCGAGAUGGGCUUAACACGCUGGACUAUAGCCUUGUGUUUGUUUACAAUACUAAACUUUAUACUCAUGUUAUGGUUGAUAUAGGACAACCACCAGUGGAAGCAACAGACAUAGCGAAACUGUUAAUCUAAUGUAUAAAUGCCGACUUCUAAUUUAUUUGCCAUGUUGUUUACAUUUUGCUUGGUGUUAUAAAGUAAAUUACAACUUUUUUCAUACAUGCGACAAGCAACAACAAAAUGGUUCCAAAUGAGAUUUUUAUGGAAAUGAAUUUUUCGAUGAAUCUUCAACAUAGUUUGUAUAACGAUAACAUUUGCUAAUCAAAGUCUAUAAUAAGUCAAUUUGUUUUACUUAAUGAUGUUAAACUAAAAUAAACUAAGAUAUUAUAUAUUGUUUAUAUUUGGAGAGCCACCUAGUUAUUACUUUUCUAUUUCUUUUUCGAAACGAACUUUUAUUCACGUUACUAUGACAAUUUGCAAGAAAUGCUAAACUUUCAAAGGAUACAGAAUGGGAAAAAUGAAAAGGUGUCAGAGGCCUCUAUUCAAAUUGUGCAUGAAUAUGCGCUUUCUUAAUGUAGUUGCCAGAUAGCUCUAACACAUUUUUUGUAUACAGUGCCCGAGUACGGUCUGGGCCGGUCUACGGGGCGAUAGCCUAAAUCCGGAUUCCCUUGGAGCGUGCAGCGCGGAAAGAGCGAGAGAAUAUUUGGCUAUGGUCUAAAUCUACAUCAUGAAAAGAUAAUGUAUUUGAUUUCACAGGAAUGUGUAAUUUCAAGUUAAUAGGACGGACCGUGUGAAUUUCUUAACACCUAGGAUGAAGGUAAAUGACUAAAACAACUGUUUCACCCAAACACGACGGUUCAGACAGUUGACACCUUCACACUGUUACGUAUUUCUGUUGGUUUUUUGUCACUUUUAUCAGUAAAUAAUUCGAUUUAAAACUCCUCUUAUGAAAUAUCAAUUUUAUUGGACUACAAUACCCGUAUGUUAUUAGCGCAGACUAAGUUACCUUGCGCGAUUAACAAAUGUAAGUAAGGUUGCGCUUAUAGCAAACUGGUUAUGUGUGCACAACAGAAAUCCAUGUAGC